GCAGAGCGAGUACGAGCUGCAGCAGGUAAUUGCCAAGCACCCGCAUGAGGCAACCGGCUCAAACGUGAGCGAUGUCCGCUUGAAUCAUUACAGAGUACUUCUGGAACUUCUGAACCUGCGCUGUAGGCUACUGGAGCAAUGGCUGGAAGAAGAGGCAGUGAUCGCCGCUUCGCAAGAAGACCGGCACUCCGAAAUCUUGCAGCAGAUGGAACAGCAGGUGAGAGAGUUGGCAGCGGAGGUUGUUGAGCAGCAGAUUGCCUACAAGGAGCAAAUCGACGCCAUGCAAAAGCAGCACUGUGAGGAUUACACGGUGUGGUCGGAAGAGCUGAUCCGCGAACGAAACGAGGCCUGCAAGGAAAUCGCUGCUUUGCAGGAGGACCUCAAAAGCCAGGAGCAGCUCUGGCACGAGGAGUGGCGAAGGAUGCAGCAGUCUGCUCUGGCGCAGGGCCUCCAGGUGCCGAAUCCUCCAGGUUUUCUGGAGCCGAAGGAACACGGGGGCACCCUGGAGAACAGCUCAGGCAGCGAGAGUUGGUGCUUGGAAGGCCGUUCGACGCUGGAAACCAUUCUCGAGGCAGCGGCUGAGGAAGUUGACGGCAUCGAGGAGGAGCUGGGGCAAGACGAGCCAAAGAAGCAGGUCAAGAGUUCUUACCGAGAUCUCGAACUUCCAUCUUUAUCCUCACCAAGGACCUUUGCUAGCUCGCCUUCAGAGGACAGACAAGAGUUUCAAAAGACUCAUAGCUCUACAGGUCCAUCACCCUCCUCGCGAAGUGUCCGCACGCCCGGCUCCGUGCCAUUCUCUGAUGUUCCGGAGGAGCUGCUUAAGAGCCUCGAAAGAGCAUCUGACAAUCAGCAGACUUCGCGGGCAUGGGCUCGAAUCGGACAGUUCCAUCAGCGCCAAAAGAACUUCGGGAAGGCUCGGAGCGCGUACCAAAAAGCCGUUGCUGUCGACGGCUCGCAGCAUGGCUGCCUUGCCAACCUCGCACAACUUGAGGCGCAUGCCGGGAAUGUCGACACCGCCAAGGAGAUGCUGACCGCAGCUCUUCAACUGGAUCCUUCCAACAAGAACUACCUCUCCUUCCGUCGGUGGUUGGCCGGCAGUCACUGA